AUGAAGAUUUCGAAAUUGUUGGCACUCUCGCCUUUGGCAUCUCUUGUCGUUGCAGGGCCAGCAUGGUACGAUUGGUCUCGCUCCAGUCGUACUAUACAGUCUACGGGAUUAGUAGGCUAUGCUUUCGACAACCCAAUUGGACCCACGACAGGAGGCUCCAGCGGCAAGACAAUCACUGUCACAUCAGACGACGCUUUAGUAGCGGAACUCAGCGACAGAAGUAGCCCAAAGACUAUCCUCCUGGACGGCACAUUCCAUCCUACUGCUCGACUACGCAUUGGCUCGAAUGUCAGUCUCAUUGGAAAGGGCAACGGAGCGAAUAUCAUUGGCCAAGGCAUCAAUGUUAACAAUGUUGCGAAUGUGAUUAUUCGGAAUAUUGGAAUUCGAUUCGUUGUGGAUAAUGAUGGAAUGACGAUUCAGAACUCCACGAGGGUUUGGGUUGAUCAUUGUGAAUUUGAGAGCGAGUUGAGCGUUGAGCUUGGACCUAAUUAUUAUGAUGGUCAACUCGAUAUCGUUCGUGCCUCGGACUGGAUCACGAUCUCUUACAAUUACUUCCACGAUCACUGGAAAUCCUCAUUAAUCGGCAACUCCGACACUUUACGCAACGUAGACGAAGGAACCCUUCACGUCACAUAUCACCACAAUUUCUGGUCCAAUAUCGGAACUCGGGGACCUGCUGGUCGCUUUGGACAUCAACAUAUCUAUAAUAACCUCUAUGAGAAUUUCCUUUACCAGGCUAUUCAUUCGAGAUCGGAUAAUCAAGUCUUGGUGGAAGGGAAUGUCUUCAAAGGUAACACCAGGACGGCUCUGACUACUUAUGGCUUGGUUAUUCCUGAGGAUAGUCCUAAUACUUGUGUUUGUGGGGAUGAGGAACUUGAUGGAUUUGCUAAUUUGGGAGCUGAGAAUGACUUUGGCGGUGCGGAUGUCAACAUUACUCAAGUUGGCAACUUUACGGAUCCUGGGUAUGAGUAUACUUUGGAACCACUCAAGAGUGUUGAGAAGACUAUUAGGAGCAACGUUGGAUUGGGAAAAGUUGACGUGGACGAUUGUUGA